AUGGGUUCUUCUACACUGAGGAGGGAAUAUCCGGGGAGAUUGUUCCCAGCCGGAAAAUAUCCUUUGCAAGAUCGAAACUUGCAUCACAACGGCAAUUUGACCGAGUUUGGGCAUCUGAAGCACUCUGUAGGAGAAGAAGUUUUCAAUGACGUUAUGAGUACAUCUCAAGUGGAAAUUAUUCUGAAGCUUGCCUCAAGUAGUUACAUGUGGUGUGCGAAGACAUGUCAUAACCUCCUAACACAUCAAUUGGCUAUUGAGUCGAGUAAUGAGAUAUGGUCACUAUUUGGAGAACACACUUCGUUUUGGGACCUGGUCGGCAUUAAACAUGGAGAAGGACCUUCUUGGCAUGAGUUGAACGGAGCGCUUGGCAGAUGCAGCACUUGGACAGUGGGAUUUAAGGAGUUGAUGGAGUCCAUAAAAGUAGCUAAACUUGAUGGGAAGACGUACGUCGUACACGGAUGUGUACAUGCGCUGUUAAUAUGGGUUCGAGUUAGGCAGUUAGUGUUGAAACCUCUGGAAGAGAUAUAUCCCGUUUGGGCAGGCGAAGAGGCAGGAGGUGAUAUCAAGCUUGAUAACAUGAUUCGUGAUAUUGUUGGAGGACGAACAAAACUACUGUGGAGGAGGGAUCGACGCCGAAAAAGGAAUGAAGUAGCCGAUGAAGUAGCUGAGGAGAAUGUGGAUGAUGCAGAGUCUGACGCUGUUUGGGAGAACAAGGAUAAGAAGGGUUGUGAAGCGAAUCCGGAAUAG